UAAGGAAGCAGUCAAUCAAUCCCCGCCGUACAAAUCCACCGUCCUCAAGAAUGUUCUCCAUGCAUUCCCAUGUCAAACGCAAAACGUCCAGCGUCUAGAUCGGUCCACGGGUCUGUCAAAUCUCCCGUCUCUGUUAUACUAUUCCGAUUGCAUCAAGGCAGGCUGUCUGUUCCCUAAUAAAUAGUUGCCGUGGGAACAUCGUUGUAGGAACGUCUUAGGCUAGCGACAAUUUAAGUUACGAUUCCCGAUAAGCAGCUACAGUUGUUAGUGUCUGCUAUCUUCAGGAACUCGGUGUGGUCGUGUCGCUGCCAGCUUUAGAAAAGAACCUUGCCGUAGUUCUGCAGUGACGGAGCACCUCGCUCCGAAAGAAUAGCUAUCAUGGCCUUCGAUCCAUCGAAAGUAUCCAUUUAAAUCCGUUCUAAUCACACAUCUCCUGUCCCUUAGUUGGAUUCGUAUUAGGCUCUUUGGUUCAAUUUAACUUGCACCUUAGGCCUUAGUCCAUCGAUUCAUAAAGCUGCGACGAACGAGCCAGUUAUUCCCUAGUCACAACAUAUUUUUCUCGUGCUCCAAUCGUUCCAAAACUUCCGACCUCGACAUUCAACCAAAAAAAUCGACAGAAGCCGACUGAAGAUUAGCGACUUCGGCAACGCGGAUCCCGAGGGACGACAGGCGGAGGGGGAGAGGGAGAAGGCAUUCGGUGGAACCAGAAAUAGAUUGUCGAGGGACUGAAGGACGGAGGGUUAAAGGCUAACCGAACUCAUCCAGCAGACUUGCCACCUCGUACAUCCAGGGUCCCUCUGCAUCCGACAAGAGCCUUAUGGCAGCUCCAACCAGCACGGCAGCAACAGCUAAUGGGAGUAUAGGCCGAUCGUCAUCCUCGCCUCAAUUCCAGUCGCCUGGCUCAUCCAAUCCCCUUCCCAUCGCACCAGCGCCUGUUCCCCAGCCCAUGAUGCAGCCUUCGCCCCUUAUGCCGUAUCCACAAGCGGCGUCGGGCCCGGUUCACAUGACGCCUCAAGCGGCGCAGAGUCAGAUAGUGUGUACGGGGUGCCGCACACUACUGGUGUAUCCCAAUAACGCCUCCAACGUGCGUUGUGCGCUGUGCAGCACCAUCACGCCCGUGCCACCCGCUGGCACGGAGAUGGCUCAGCUGGUGUGCGGUGGCUGUCGGACUCUGCUCAUGUAUGUGCGGGGGGCCACCAGUGUACAGUGCUCCUGCUGCCACACUGUCAACCUAUCCAUGGAAUCAAGUCAAGUGGCGCACGUCAAUUGUGGUGGUUGUGGUAUGACGCUCAUGUAUGCGUAUGGCGCUCAGAGUGUAAAGUGCGCUGUCUGCCAGUUCGUCACACAAGUCGGUUCGUCGUUGCGCCCCCUGCCAGUGCAACAAAGGCAGUACGCCCCACCGCCCGCACAGCCGGCACAGGUGGCGCCAGCACAGAGCACCACCAGCAGCCGCACAGUGGUGGUUGAAAAUCCCAUGACAAUGGACGAUACCGGCAAGCUGGUGACAAAUGUUGCAGUUGGGAUCUCCAACGAGAAAAAAAGCUAAUGCUUUUAAUUCCUUGGACUUGACUCUGCACCAUCGCUGCUUAUGGAGAGAAUCUGAAGAAGCAGCUUCUACCUUUGUAAAGCAUACGAAAUGUGGUUGAGGAAAUAUUUUGUACUCAAACCGCUAUAUAGAUGUUCCAUCCAUGCAGAUUCACAUUGCCACUUAGCUUUGCUGGAUAUUUCAUAGAUGAAUAGGUGUUGGAAGUGGUAAGCUCAAUAACACAUACCGUAAACAUGUCGUAGUCGCUGUUGCAGCGCAACAUCAGUAGGUGAGCUUUGGCUCAUCUUAUUCCAUAGUGACG